AUGGCGGACGAAGAGGCCGAGCAGGACCGUAGUCCUGAGAACGGAAUCACUGAAACGAUUACAGAGCUUAAACGGCGGCUACUGGAGCUGCAAGAAUUGGUUACCAGAGAGAGCGAUGACUCUGCAGCUCAGUCCUCCUCCGAGUUCUGCCAGGAGUUCUGCAGGACGCUGCUGGAGUACGCUGGAAGAUGGAGGGUGGAAGAAGAGCCUCUACCACUGGUGGAAGUGUACAUAGUUGCCCUGCUGAGUUAUGCCCAGGCCUCACCACAUCUUUCCCUGCUGUGUGAAAGUGUUCCUAUUGUGGUAGAAAGGCUGUCACUGAGUUUUGUGGAGCUCUUGCUUUCACUAAAAGAGAACUUUCCAGAGGAUUUAUGGAAGGAGUUCAAGUUGUGUGUGCAGUUUGCGUCCAGUAAACUGCAGGAGAAUGGGAUUACUCAGCUCUCCCUGCUGUCUGCUCUGGGCCAGUAUGACGGGGUGUGGACCAGCAUGGUCCUGCAAGGCCUCCUGUCAAACGAAAACCUGCCAACUGAAAAAGUGGAGGAGUUCCUGGUGCAGGAGGGGCCAGUGCUGUUGGAGAUGAGAGUGAAGCAGCUGAUGAAGGACGGUCAGCCAGAAAAAGCUGCUCUGCUGGCAAAGACAUGCUCAGAGUGUGCAGCCUUUGAGGGGAAAGGACCUUUUAAGCAGAUGUACCUCGUCUGCCACUGUGCUACCUCAGAUCAGGAAAAGCUGAUGGAAGUGCUCUCAAAGGAAGAUUGUCGUGAUGCAUUGGAGAUGAUCUGUAACUUGGAGUCUGAUGGAGAUGAGACUGCAGCUUUCACCUUGUGUUCAGCCUUUCUGACACGACAGCUUCUACAAGCAGAUUCAUACUGUGCCUGGGAGCUGACUCUGUUCUGGAGCAAGCUGCUGAAGCGCUUGGAGCCAUCAGAGCAGGGCUUCCUUGACAAAUGUCGCCAGAUGUCCUUACUGUCCAAGACCGUGUACCACAUCCUGUUCCUUAUCAAGGUCAUCCAAUCAGAGUUGGACAGCGUUGGACUGCCUGUGUGCAUCGAAAUGUGCAUUAGAGCUCUGCGGAUGGCCUCAGAUGAUAAAAGCACCAAGGCCACUGUGUGUAAAACCAUCUCGUGUUUGCUACCUGAUGAUUUGGAGGUGAAGCGAGCCUGCCAACUGACUGAGUUCCUCAUUGAGCCUACAGUGGACUCGUACUAUGCCGUGGAGACUCUUUACAAUGAACCAGAUCAAAAACUAGAGGAGGAGAACAUGCCCGUCCCUAACUCACUACGCUGCGAGCUCCUGCUGGUGUUUAAAACUCAGUGGCCUUUUGACCCUGAGUUCUGGGACUGGAAAACACUUAAGCGUAAUUGUCUCGCUCUAAUGGGAGAAGAAGCUUCCAUUGUUUCGUCCAUUGACUUAUUAAAUGAUAAUGAGGAUCAAGAGGAAGAGGAAGACUUCUUCAGUCAGGAAGGGUACAAUAAUCUUCCUGAUCAUUUAAUAAGUGGCACCUAUGAACUAGGAGAAAUAUCAGACCGGAAACAGAAAAACAGAGAGAUGAAGAAGCUGAGAGACAAAGGAUUUGUCUCUGCACGGUUUCGAAACUGGCAGGCAUACAUGCAGUACUGUGUUCUUUGCGACAAAGAGUUUCUGGGCCACAGGAUUGUCCGCCAUGCACAGACUCAUGUCAGUGGGGGAGUGUACACCUGCCCGAUAUGUGCUCAAACCUUUACCUCAAAAGAAACACUGGUUCCACAUGUGGGAUCACAUGUGAGGCAGUCAUGCAAAGAAAGGCUGGGUUCAAUCAAAUCAAACAAGAAACUGGCUGAUCAAAGAAUGGCUGCUCCUGUUGUCACGGUGUUUAAUGCAAAGAAACAAAGUGAACUCAGUGUGAAAGCUGAUCCUCAAAGGAAAAAUGGUGGGUUAGUGUAUAAUGUUAAGACUCAGCCUACCAUUGAGACUAGUGAGGAUAAUGUGUGUCCCGUUGGAGACUGCAAAAGAACCUACAAGUUUUUCAAAAAUCUUGUUGCACAUGUUAAAGGCCAUGGUGACAAUGAGGAGGCUAAGAUUUUCCUCGAGAUGCAGAGUAAAAAGGUAGUUUGCCAGUACUGUCGUCGCCACUUUCUUAAUGUCACCCAUUUAAAUGAUCACUUACAGGUCCACUGUGGUGCAAAGCCUUAUAUCUGUAUACAGUUGAACUGCAAAGCAAGCUUCUUGUCCAACACUGAGCUCAUAGCACACAAGAAAACACACACUUCUUUCAAGGCUAGAUGCAUGUUUCCCAAUUGCGGAAAGAUUUUCACAGAGGCCUUCAAACUCUACGACCACGAGGCACAGCAUUACAAGACGUUCACUUGUAAAGCUGUGGACUGUGGAAAGGUUUUUCAUUCACAGCAGCAGCUGGAUGUGCACCAGGAGGAGCACGCCACUAAAAAGGAGGAACGCCCACCUCCUCAACCAACACCACAAAACAAAAAGCCUCGCACUUCUCUCAUUGAACAAAUGCUCAAACAAGACAGUCCCCAGGAAAACUGGAACCCUGAUAGGUCUGUUGAUCCUAAACAUGCAAGGCCACCACUCACUUUGGAGAGUUUGCUGAAAUCUGCAACAUCUGCGGAAACAUUAUGCCAAUACAGAGUCAAACAGGAAAAUAUGCCUAUCCCAGCUGGUCAAACCCAGAGUUUAAAUAAUUCAGUUAUUCAGCCUGUGAAUCCCAACUUGUCAUAUACUCAUGGGAGCAGAGAAAGCCCUGCUGGUCCUUCUUUGGAUAGUAUGAGACCACCCCAUCAGAAUAAACCAGUACCUCCAUUUGAAGCAAAUAACCUGUCGCGUAACUAUACAAAGGUCCCCCAGACGAAGCCCCAGAUUUUCCAUAGCACUGUGAAAACUGCACCUGUGAGUUACAACCCCAGUAACAGCUUACCACCAACAGGGCAGCAGAAGCUAAUUUGUGCUAACAGCAUGUCAGCAGCCUCACAGCUCCCGAAUGCUGUUAUACCAGUUAUGUCCCUACCACUCCCUCCAACAGCAAUUCCACAACCACUUACUGGUAACAGACCAGAGAACUCUGUCACCUCCUCAACCAGCACAGCAAAUCCUCCAGGACAGAGAGAGCGAUACCACUGUGCUGUUGGAACAUGUCAGAGGCACUACAGCUCUUACAGAAAUGUAACAAAGCACAUGAAAGCUUUUCAUCCAGAUUUCUAUGAGCAGUGGAAACUUAAUCGAACUGAAAUCAAGAUAACCCAUGUUCCAGUUAAACAUCUCAGUCCAACAGUCAAACAGCUGAGUUCAUCUGUCAAGAAAGUCAGUCCAGUCAUCUCCCCUAAGAGUCAGCAGUUUGCCCAAGCACAAGUCCAUGGUGUUCAGAGGCAAAAUGUUAUCCAGUCACCUCCUUACAAGAACAUGGGUGCGAACAUAAAGUACACACCUUUACAUUCCCUCCCAACCCCUGCUCACAACCAGAAUGCUUCCCUUCUGAUGCAAAAUGUUUUAAAUCCAAUUGUUCUUUCUCAGCUUGGACAUGAAACCAAUCCAACACAGCCCCAAAUGCCAGGUAGUCAAAGCUGGCCCUCUACUCCUGGACAAAUUCAAAACACUGCUCAAGUCUAUCCAUCCCAUAUGCAAGUGAUGCAACAAGUCAUGUCUGCAAGUGCAGCUCUGCCACUCAGUGCCCCAUCUUGCUCUGAGACUGGAGCAAUAAUGAGCCAACCAGAAAAGGCUCUGCAGCAACCAGUUGAGGAAAAUGGGUUCCAGUCAGCUAUGUCACUGUACUCAGAUGGUGCAAAGCAAGUGUCACAACAAUCACUGCUGCAAGCACCACUGAUGCAAAGCAGUGUAGUGUCCAGUUCCAGAGCACCAGAUGAAUCAAAACCAGUGCAAAACCUGCCAUCCCAUUUCUCCUCUCCAGCCGAUGCAAGCCAAAAUACUGGUAUUAAUCAACAUGAAAAUGGCCAGGCCCUGUCUGACAACAACCCUGAUAAUUCAAAACGCCUUAAAAGAAGCACAAGGACCAAAUGGCCAGCUAUCAUAAAGGAUGGCAAGUUUCUUUGUUGUAGGUGUUUUAGAGGUUUUGACAACCCCAAGUCCCUCGGAGGCCAUCUGUCCAAGCGGACCAGCUGUAAACCAUACUCUGAAGCUGAACUAAACUCUGACCUGCCAGCAUCGUUUCUUAGUCUUCUUAAUUCAGAUCAAACAGCUGGCAACCCACAGCAGCAAGUGCCUUACAACACCGGCACUGAUUUCCUGGAGGACACCCAUGAGGCAGUGGCCAGUGAAUCAGCAGUCACAAACGAUUACCCCAUUCCUAAUUUUCCUCAAAAUUUGCCUCCAUUUGGGAAUGAUGAAUCAAAUGACGACCUUCUGAAACAAAUCAUGACUGAUUCCAACAUGUCUGAACUUUGUGUGCCCACACCCGCUCCAAAGCCAUUAAUUCAAAACUCUUGUGGCCUUUAUGGAGCAGCUGAACGUUUGCCUGGGAGUUCAGUCAUACAGCAUACAGAGAAUCUUCAGCCCAAGAGAAUGGAGAACUCGUACAAUACAGCCAGUUACCCUCAGCCAAGUGCUGACACCUUUGUUGGAACUGACUUUCCUGACCCACUUCUUUCUCAUAUUCUCUCAGACAAUCCUUCCACAUCUGCCCUAGGAAGUGUUUCCACAAACAAUGGAAGCUUCAGCUCUGGGACAGACAUUCAGACACCAGAUGCAAAUGCAAACCCGGUGAUGCAACCACUUAUACCUGAUAGUCAGCUUAGCAUUGCAGCAACAAGUGGCACACAGGCUGAAACACAAAGAAAGACAAUGGAGCAAAACAUUAAGAAGAGACUGAGGGAGCAGAUCUUGGCAGGCGACCUUCAGCGAAGGAAUAACAUUUGCACUUCAAGCAACACUGACCCCAACAAGUCUUUUGUUCCAGUGUGCAGCACCUCCAACAACUCUGGCCUUAGCCAUGUGUCUCAUUUUGUAAAGAGUGAGUUUUCAAGUGAAGAUAAAGUUAUUCCAGAAAACUCCGCAGUCAUCCAAGGGACCUGUGGUACAACUGAACAACUACCCAACACGCAAAGCUUCUCUGGAUUCAGAGAGACCACUAGCAUGAAGCAUGAGGUUGUGAGCCCCACUAGGGUUGUUGCAUAUGAUGCAGAUCCUGAGCCUGCUCUAUUAUCUGAUAGCCAGCAACAGCUGAUGGCAGAAAUUCAAAGUGCAUUUGAAAGGCUAAACUUAGUCAGAGAAGUGACUGAACAAACUGCAGUCUCAGUAAAACCAAUCAGCAAUGACAGCCCCUCCAAGAAACCAGUCAACCAGACAGCCCCUGCGAAGACUGAAAUUCCUAGUCCAACAUCAUCGGUCUUUCUUAAGCCUUUUGUUUGUGAGAACUGCACUUUUAAUACCCUGUCAGGUGAAGCUCUUUGGAAGCACCUCUCUAAAGCUCAUGGCUACACAAUUGAUAUGGUAAACGUGGUCAAAAAACGGUAUGGGGAGUAUGCUCCUUACAAGUGUGAAAAAUGUAGCAAAAGAUUCACUCGAAACUCAAACCUUCGCACUCACUACCAGUCAGUACACAAACUAUCAACUGAGGAAAUCGAAAAAAUAGAUUGUAAGCGCAGAGAGGCUCGAUCAGCUGUUGUUCAAAGCUGGCGUCUAAGUAAAAACCAGGCCCUAGAGGCUCAGUCCAUGAAGGCUGCUCAAACCAUCAAGCCAGCACAAUCCACAAAUGUGGCUCAAUCCACGAAGACUCCUCAGUUCAUGAAGGCCUCUCAGUUCAUGAAAACAGCUCCUUCCAAGAUGGUUGCUCCUGCCAUGACAGUUGCUCCAUCUAUGAUGGCUGCUCCUCCCAUGGUGCCGUUUCCCUCUAUGAUGGCUAGUCCUUCCAUGGCAGCUGCUCCUCCUAUGAUGGCUAGUCCUUCUAUGGCAGCGGCUCCUUCUAUGAUUGCUAGUCCUUCCAUGAUGGCUGCUCCUCCUAUGAUGGCUGCUCCUUCCAUGAUGGCUGCUCCUCCUAUAAUGGCCGCUCCUUCCAGGAUGACUGUCCCAUCCAUGAUGGCUACUCCUUCUUUUCCUGGGAUCAGUCCCCCCGUUCACUCACUCAAAAGUCCAGUAAAACGUGUCUGCCCAUCAAAACCCUCCACUAUCCCCAAGAAGCCAGUAGUUAAACCCAGUGUAGAUACUCCCAAGAAGACAAAAGCAAAGAAAACAGUCUCUAAUGCCAAAAGUCCGUACAGACCAUACCGCUGCGUCCAUCAGGGCUGUGUAGCAGCCUUCACCAUCCAGCACAAUCUGAUACUUCACUAUAGGGCUGUUCACCAGUCUGCUCUGUCUGCACUGGAGGUCAACAAAGACCAGGACCAGGACCAAGAACAGUGUGAAGAACCAAAUGAAAACAUGGACCAAGAAGAGGAAGAAUCGGGGCCAGUAGUCCCUCGAAUCAUAGAAAUCAGAUGUCAGGUCAAAGAUUGCUCCAGAGUUUUCCAAGAAGUUCCCAGCCUUGUGCGGCAUUAUUUUCAGCUGCACAAGUUCAGUUUGGAUAAAGUUGGCAAUAUGUUGUCUGGCAUCAAGCUGGGACGGUUUGCUUGUGGUCACCAAGGAUGCACUGCAUCAUUCACUUCUUUCUGGAGGUACAUGGGGCACGUCAAAGACCAGCACAAAGACCUAAAGCUAACCAAACCAGAAGAAUUGAAUGGUUUAUUUAAGUGUGAAAUUGAAGGCUGUGAACUUGCAUAUGCCACAAAGUCAAACAUGCUCAGGCACCUCAUGAAAAAGCAUAACGACUUCUAUCAGAAAAAAAUGAAAAGUCAACAGAUAAAAAAUGACAGGAUGAAAUCCAAGACAAAGACUAUAAUUUUUCAAAUGACCAAGACGAUAAAUGGGAAGGAAAACAUCGAGAACAAUAAGAAGAUGCUUCAGAGGGCAAAGGAUGCCAAGAGAAUAAGAAAAUCAAAAGCCAAUCACUGGACCACCUACGGAAAACCCUCCUUGAAGUCUAAACUAGAGGCAUCUGCCCUGUGCACCAAGAAAUUCACUUUACAGUACCCCUGUAUGAUUAAAGGGUGUGACUCUGUCAUGAAAUCAGAGAAGAACAUCGUCAAACAUUACCUUGGACACGGACUUUCUGAAAAAUACCUGGAACUGCAAAGAAGUCAUUUUAUAUUCUGCAAGAAGUCCUCAAAACACAAGUGUAACCCAAUUAGGAGUGACGAUUCCAAAUCCGACAACAACUCUGAAGUUUCUGACACCGACGUGACCACAGACAGCGUCCAGGAAGUCGGAGAAAAUGGAUGCUCAAAGCCCAUCCUACGUCGAAGGACCCCAGCAGUGAUCACAACUUCUUUGUUCGAUGGCAAGUUGUCCAACUAUAGAAGGUUAGACGGCACUCUGGUGGUGAAGCGUAAACGAGGUCGCCCUCGAAAACUUAUCGGAAAACUAGUAAAGCGCAAGAAAAUCACUCGUGUGACAAAGCCUACUGUAGCGGACAGCAAAAAAAAUGAACCCUCCACCUCUUCCACACCUUCCACUACCCCCGCAACCCCAGCUGUCGUACAGCAAGAGAAAACAGAGCCGACCUCUUCACUUGCCUCUUUUAGACCUAUGGGAUUUGAAAUGUCCUUCUUACAGUUUCUCACUCAAUCCAAAAAAUGUGAGAUUCCUCUGACAAGGGCAAUUGUUGAUCCCCAAACAUGCACGAGAAUUUUGACUCCGCCCAGCAAAGAGACUUGUGUCAAGUUCAGAAACCCUGCUAAGAUCAAAUCCCUGGGUAAGGUGAAAAUAGUUUUGGACAAGGCCUUUUCCAGCGCCUCUGUACGCAUAUUGAAACAGCUGCAGGAAAUGAAACCCACAGUUGUAUUAGAAAAAAAAUACUGACCUGUCUUUUUGUUUUUGUUUUUUUGUAAAGCAGAAUCUCAGGACUAGAAUGAGUAGAAUCUGCUGCAGACUGGUGCCCUUCAUAUAAAGUGUUUUUUUUUUUUUUGUUUUUUUUUACACACAUGAAGUUAUCAAAGAAAACAGCUGUUUGAAAUAAACUGUAAUAUGGUUGUACAUUUUUUAUACGACAGUGUAUAGCAUGUUUUUAUUUAUGGACUCAAAAGUUGUGAAGUUGUCUUUUUUUUUUUUUUUUUUUGCUGAAAGUUGAAAUAUGACAGUUCUGGUAUCUCAAUCAUCCCCGUGGGACAUCACAGACAAAUGGACUAUGACACGGAUGUAUUGUUGUGUAGUUAGUGAUCUGAAGAUGUUGAUUGUUGUGCGUUAGUGUGUAUAUAGUUUGAAAUCACCCACUGCCACCAGCAGGCUUACUAUUAAACGAUCAGCUUUUUUACAACCA